AAGAUUUGCAGAUCAGAUCGCUGGGAACUUUGGAAAGAGCAUCACGGGUUCAAAGAGGACUGAAGCCAGAUGCAAAGCGGGUAAAGGGAGGGAAUCGAGAGCCACCGCCUCUAUCCUUAUUCUCAACACUGAACACAAAAAGCAGCGGGUCGGCCAGGCCUAUAAUUCCUGGUAGAAGCAAGCCCUCCUUUCUUGACCACCUCCCCCACCCCUCGCACUGAACGGGUAGCCCCCUCCUCCUCUGACUCGCGUCAUUCCGAGGCUGGUAGAGGACCAGUGCUCGGCCACUGAGCGGGGCGGGGCUCGGCCUCGCCCAGGCCGAAGAGGAAGAGUAGGAGGCGGAGCUUGGGUGGCCCAAGGCCAAGGCUAUGGCGGCGCCGGGCGCUGCGGGUGGCCGGGCUCUGUUCCGGGGCCUCCUCCUCUCUGUCCAGCGAGGAGGAGCCGACUCCGUGUCCCGGAGCCUCCGAAGUAGCGCUGUCAGAUGUGAAGCCACCAUUAUCUCAGGAACUGAAAUGGCCAGACAAAUCUGUAAAGAAAUACGACAUGAGGUAGAAUCAUGGGUGUCUCUUGGGAACAGAAAACCUCAUCUCAGUAUCAUUUUAGUAGGAGACAACCUAGCAAGCCAUACAUACGUAAGAAAUAAGAUAAAAGCUGCCACAGCAGUAGGCAUUGGUAGUGAAGUUAUUCUGAAACCUAAAGAUGUUUCUCAGGAAGAACUUUUGGACAUAACUGAACAACUGAACAUGGACUCAAGAGUUAGUGGCAUAUUAGUUCAGCUGCCUUUGCCAGACCAUAUAGAUGAACGGACGGUAUGUAAUGGAAUUGCCCCUGGAAAAGAUGUCGAUGGAUUUCAUAUUGUCAAUGUUGGACGAUUGUGUCUUGAUCAGCAUUCUCUGAUACCAGCCACUGCCUGUGCUGUUUGGGAGAUAAUAAAAAGAACAGGAAUUGAAACAUUUGGGAAAAAUGUGGUUGUGGUUGGAAGAUCCAAGAAUGUUGGAAUGCCCAUUACAAUGCUUUUACACACUGAUGGAGAGCAUGAGAGACCUGGAGGUGAUGCAACAGUGACAAUAACUCAUAGAUAUACUCCAGAAGAGCAACUGAAGAUCCACACACAACUGGCUGAUAUUAUCAUAGUUGCUGCAGGCAUUCCAAAGAUGAUUACCUCUGACAUGGUAAAAGAAGGUGCUGCUGUUAUUGAUGUAGGUAUCAACCAUAUCCGUGACCCUGUAACAGGAAGGACAAAAUUAGUAGGUGAUGUGGACUUUGAAGAAGUUAAGAAGAAAGCUAAGUUUAUCACUCCAGUGCCAGGCGGUGUGGGGCCUAUGACUGUGGCAAUGCUUCUGAGGAAUACCCUUCUGGCAGCCAAGAAGAUAAUUUACUAGAAAACUCUUGAUAUAUGGAACUAAAAUAAGACUAAUGUCCUGUGGCUUAUUUAUCAUUCAAGAGUCAAAACUUCUAUAUUUUACUACAAAGCUAUUUAUUUCUACAUUAUAUUUAUUUUUCAUGUCUGGAAUAAUUCUCAAACAGGCAGCUCACAAAAUUUUGUGAAUUCUCUACUAAGGAUUAUUGUUUUCAUUUUCAUUUAAUAAACAAACAAAAGCAGCAAUUGCUCUUUCCUUGUGGAUAACGCUGAUUGAUUAAAAAGAUUAAGUUACAGAAUGCUGAAAUAAUAAAGGACAUAUAGUCAGAUGACAAGUUUCUGAGAAUAUUCACAACAAUGUCCUUAAAGGAAUCUUGGAGGAUUUCACCAUGUUGAUGGGAGACAUCCAGAGGCUAUCAUUUAAGGGAGGGCUUUACUCUUCUGAAUCAGAUGCUUUCUUUUGUACCCAAUUGUCAACACAAUAGGAUCUUGUUUUCUCUCUGUUGUGUAACUAACAAGAUGUAGUCUCCUUUGGAAUAUCAUUCAUGAAAGCCUGACUGUUCCCUUCUCAUGCCUCCAUCAGAGAUGCUGUCAAAAUGUGUGUAGUGAAUUAAAGAUUUUGUAGAAAUAGAACAAA